AUGUCCUUCGCCACACGCACCACGAGCUUCUUGGGCACUUUGAUCCUCGUCUUCCUUUCAUGGUCGGCCCUAUCUCAAGCCGCGCCCGAGCCCGAUCUUCUCCUCCCUCGACAACUGACGCAGACGCUGUGCUCUAGCCAAAAUACGGCUUUCACGAACGCAAAUCUCAGCACAUGGCAGUCGAACGGACUCUGCCAAGAUUUUUGCAGAGGCCAAAACUUUGCCUUUGCAAUCGUGCAAUGGCAAUCGUGCUGGUGCUCAGAUGUCGCCCCAGCGCCGUCAACCGAAGCGGAAGUCAGCGACAAAUGUAACGACAUUUGCCCCGGCUACGACAUCGAGCACUGCGGCGCAAGACCCAACUACUAUGGCUAUCUGGCCCUCGCCAAGGCUCCUACCAGCACCGCGGGCAGCGGAGGCGGAGGUGGAGGCGGCAGCGACAGCGACAGCGGCAGCACGCUGUCUCCAGCACCCCCCUCUACUACUUCUUCCACCACAGCCCCUCCGGCCCCGCCUCCAACCACCGUCCAAAUCAUCACAAAAACUGAGAUCGUUCAGGCCCCAACAACUUCGGAGCCUGAAACGACCACAUCUACAACAUCUUUUCAGACCACAAGAAAGCCUGGAACGACUGUCCAGACCGUGACCGCCAACGGUAUAGUACGAACUGUCACCGUUACGCCAACGGCCACAGCAAACGAGGGAGCAACGGGCGCCUCGGAACUGAGCCCCUCCAACCAACCGUCAUCGAAUGGGCCGACCACGGGCGCCGUCGUGGGGAUUGUGGUGGGUGUUAUUGGCGCUGUUGUGGCCCUGGCAGGAAUAGUGCUUUUCUUGUUCUUCAGACGACGGAGACAACGCGAGAAUGAGAACGACAAGUAUGACGAGCCCAGUCAUCGGGGUAGCUCUGCUGGUAUGACCGGAUCGCCACGCAAUCCCGAAAUGGUUGUUACUGUGGAUGGAGGACGAUGGGACCCCGAUGCGACCGGCGAACAACGAAGAAGCCGACUGCUCGCACACGACCCUCGCCUGGAUCCUCUUCCGAGGGGCUUGUACGUACGAAACAAGAGCGCGGAAAGUAUCAACACCCUACGCGACGACCAAGAUUAUUCGCGCAAGGUUCACCAGCCGGUCCUGCGGGCGACCAACCCUGACCCAGAAUGA